CACAGCAGACUCUAACGACUUUGACGCGCCGACGCAACCGACCCCUCUCCUCGUUCAUCUUCGUUUCUUCGGUGACUUCUCCGGUCCUCCUCAUUCCCUCCCGUCCCUCUCGUCUUCAUCCCUCCAUCCCUAUCCAUCGUCAGAUUCGUUCCGUCUUGGUAGCUCCUCCACCGCCAUAAACAUCCGAGCCGGCCGGAUUUCCCUGGAGCGGGUACGAUUCCGGCGCCCUCUUGCGGCUUCAUGCCCCCUCCUCUUAUCUUUUGGGGGUUAAAUCCGUGUCGGAGUGAUCCAGAUACCGAGCCUCGAAGCCUCAGGGUUCUUGCCGGGAGUGAACUACGUUUCUUGGUUUUCCGAGGUGAUUGGUGAUUAGGGUUAUUGGAUAAACUCUGAUUUGGGUGUUUCGGGCUUCGACGGUCAUCCGAGGGCUCGGUGCCUCAUGAUUAAGCAGCUGGAGUCGCGAGGUCAGAUCACCACCAUACGUGCUAGUCACGAAAACACCAGAUACCGCGCUCCCAAUUAUCGCGGGUUCUUGGAUCUGGUCGUGAUCCUUUAAAGAAAUUGCGCGCAGGAAGUUCUUUCUUCAUUUUCUUCACCUCGAAUCGGCUCUUCUCACUUGUACUCUUGGCUUUGUACUAUCUCACAUUGAUUGGAAUAGUACUUCAUACAAAUACUGGAGACGUGAGCUCAGACCACCAUCAUAGGUGCUAGUCGGUUCGAUAAUUUUGGCUUGUGGAAAGUAACUGUUCACCAGUGUAACACUGCAAGGGAAGAUGCACAUUCCUGUUUAUGCACAAGCAGAUAUGGUUAACGAUGGCCGUCGAUCAUCAAGUGAACUUGUGGCACCUGAUGGUAAAUCAUCUAGCACAGGCUACAUGAUUGAAAAUGGUGAUGUUGGUCCUUUGGCUCAGACAUCUGAUUCUUUAAUCAGGCAUCAAUUUCAAAAUCAUCCUGGUCCUGGUAAAAGAGAUGAAUUAAAGAACCACUUAUUGGAUCCAGAAAUCAUGGAACUUUACUACAGAUCCCGCCAGCAAGAAGAAGAGAUCCUGCUUCUCCGUCAACAAAUCACCAAUGCAUGUAUCAAAGAGCUUCAGUUAUUAAAUGAGAAGCAUAUUUUGGAGAGAAGGCUUUCUGAAUUGCAGAUAGCUCUUGAUGAGAGGCAGGAUGAUGCUGUAGCUAGUGCCUUGAAAGAAUUGACUAAAAAGAGAAGCUAUCUUGAUGAAAACUUAAGAUUGACUGAUAAUCUUAAGGUUGUAGAGGAAGAGAUGUAUAUAUUAACUUCUUCAUUCCUAAGUUUAUUAGCUGAAUAUGACAUCCGACCCCCUGUUAUCAGUUCUUCUGCAAUUUCCUACGGUAUAAAGCAAUUGUACCAGAGUAUGCAUUGGAAGAUUAGAUAUAAUGAAUCAGUUAUACCUGAGCUUCGUCUAUAUGAUCAACAUCCUAUGGAUUUGCAUGGCACAUCAACAGCUAAUCAGUUGAGAGUCUCUCAAGACUUUGCAAAGAUAGAUAAAAAGGAUGUAGAUGUUACUCUAAACUCUGAGAUGCCUUAUCCAGUUGCUUAUGAGAAGCCAAGAGAUCUGCCAUCAGAAUUUCAUAAGGAGGUUGGUAAUACUGGUGUUUCCAGCUCUUCUGAAGGUUAUGCUCAUAAGGCCACAUUUAGAACUUUAAAUGCUGAUGCCCAAUUUCAUACGGCUACCGUGCACGAUAACCAAGGGUCCUUUGUUUUGGAAGCAGGUGAAUAUGACUUACCUGGUAUUGAAGGGUUUCAAAUAUAUGGUGAGCCUAAACCAGGAUGCAAGUUACAAGCCUGUGGAUAUCCAACAAAUGGUACAACUCUUUGCAUCUUUCAGUGGGUUCGUGAACUUGAUAAUGGCACUAGGCAGUAUAUAGAAGGAGUCAAUGUUCCGGAAUAUGUGGUAACUGCUGAUGAUGUUGAUACUAUUCUUGCUGUAGAAUGCACACCCAUCGACAACAAUGACCAUCAGGGUGAUUUGGUGAGGCAAUUUGCCAACAAUCAGAACAAGAUAACGUGCGAUUCCGAGAUGCAGAAUCAGAUUGAUGCCUAUAUAUCUGCUGGGAAGGCAAUAUUUAACAUUAAAGCAUUGGUGGAUUCCUCCGACUGGCAGCAAACAGUUCUUGUUGUGAAACGAUCCAUCUAUCAGAUUAAGGUGAAACAUUCUGAUGAUUUGGUAACGGAAGAAAAAUAUUCACCUGAUUUAAAAAUCAAAGUUCCUCUUGGGUACACAACCCAGUUUGUGUUGACUUGUUCAGAUGGAACCAAUCUCCCACUUAGCACAGAUGGAACUUGUCAGCCGUAUAGCCUGGAGAAUGACGUUCGGUUACGGGAUAUCAUCGUGUUGACCAUGAGACACUUCCAGUCUAAGGUCCUAGAUAUUAAAAGAAAAGUGAAGGCCUAGACAUCAUCUUAACAGUUUUGAGGCAAUUGUACCAUUAUUUUUUGUUUUUUAUUUAAAUCACGACAUAUUUUUGCCUUUGAGUUCCAGCGAUUCUUCCUCUGUUCUUAUAGAUUCAAGUGAUAAUUGCGUACCGUCGACAAAGAAUGCUGGUAAAUAUAAUAAAUUCUAGUUUUGGUA